AUGUGCGCCCAUAUCUCGGGCAAUCUGUUAUCUGCCCUUCAGACUGCGGGCCUCACUCUUCCCCCGCAGAAGCUCACACGUACAGGUGCCGUACCCACCAGUGCAGACGUGUCAGAGAUGAGCGGUGUUGUCCGGGAGACGAGCUCCGAAGUGCAGACCCUGAAGAAGGAAGUCGCUGCUCUCCGCGCAGAGCAGGGCGAGCUGCAGUCGGAGUUCAGCAGCGUGAGCAAGCAGCUGUUUGAGCGCGUGGCGGCACUGAGAAGGCAAGGGAGACAGCCAACACCGUCGGCGGGUUGGACCUCGCGGAUUGGGCCCAACGAGGAGGCAGCGCCGCCGCAACAGCACCAGCAUGAACCCCACUACGCACCUGCAUCGACGUCACCCGCCACCGCUACUGCACAGCCGCAUCAGCCUAGCGUGCCACCGGGGCGGGACGCGGCGUACUAUCAGCCGGGCACAUCCCGACCUGCCCCGCCGCUACGACCGGUCGCGCCACUCCAAGCUGUGCCUCGCCCGUCCGCUCCCAUAUACCAAGGAUACGCUCCUAUGCCCCCUUAUGCUCCGCCGCCCGGUAUGCCGUUUUACUGGCAAGCCGGUCCACCGCAGCACGCACCCCCCCCGCAGCAGUCGUACCCACCGCCAGCCAUCCCGAGUAUGAGUGGCGCGGGUGAAGGCGGCGGGGAAUGGAUGCGCGACGCCGGAGGCGAGGCUGGUGCAGCUGGAGGUACUAACGAUGCCUUCACCGAUAACCCCAUUCGCAUGGGGCCUUUCUCGAGCGAGGAAGAGGCAGCUAAGGGAUACAAGGCUGCCGCUGUGGUGGUUCGGCCGCAGGGUUAUCGCAUCCAGCGCAGUAUUGAACUGACCGCGUCGGAGCAGCAGCUGCUGACCGGGUGCACCAGGCAGCAUGUAGCAAGCCUAGCCGACCGUGGCCUCUGGAAUAGGUGGCGCCGUUGGCGGCAGCUCAUGCCGGAGCUGGCAUCGGCACCACUUCUACAUGUUCCUCACGCAUCCACCAACAUGCUGCCUCCGCGGCCGCGAGCAGUGCCGAGCAGCAGCCAGGCAACACAACCUCCGGGCAUGGGCCACUCUCGAACCCCAUGUGAUCAGCAGCAAUAUUUAGAUCAGCAACAGCACUACAACUGA